GCCACCAGCGCUCUUAUUAGACAGCAUAAUGGCUUCUCUUCUCUUGGUCGUCCUGCUGGGGCUGUUCGCGGCUCGCCCUGCUUCGUCUGUGAUUCGAAUCCGUCCCGAGGAGCCGGUUCCCCGCGACUGGCCUUGUCCGUUAGCCGGGGAAAUUGACCCUUGUACCUGCGAGGCGGAUGAGAAUCUGAACCUGAACUUGAAUUGUUCACAUGUGGUUGACGAUUACGAGCUACAACGAGUAUUUACAGCUAUGUUUCCAUUCGAUGAUUAUCAAAGUUUCACUAUCAUUCAAGACAGAGCGGAUAUGAAUGAUAUCAGAAACCUCGAAUCAGGCAUUUUUGGGGACAUUACUUUCGAGCAUGUGAACAUCAUGGGCACCAAAAUCCAGACUAUUAACGAAAACGUUUUCCUAAAAUCUCAUGAAAGACUUAAACAUCUUGAGUUGUCUGGUAACCUCAUUAGCAAAUUUCCUUUUGAAACUCUCCCAUCUUUUUUGAAACUUGAAACAUUUAGCAUCGAUGACAAUAUGAUAAAUCUGCUCCCAAAUCUAGAGUCAGAUUCCCUGAAAUUUUUUAGCAUAAAUGAUAAUGUAAAUCUGGAAUUCGAAAUUGAUUUGUUCACAAGGCUUCCGGAGCUGCAGUCGAUUUCCAUGAAAAACAUCAGCCUUUUGUCCCUUUCACCCGGGAUGUUUUCAUCUCAAAAGAAUCUCACAACACUCAGGCUGGAUGACAAUUUAUUGAUGGAACUGAAAGAAAAUGCUGUUGUUCCCUUGAACCCGCGACUCGAAGAACUCUCGUUUGCUGGCAACCGUAUCACUGAAGUCACGCACGAUGCAAUUCACGCGAUGGUUGAUGAUUCCUACCUGUCUUUCGCUAACAAUCAUAUCCAAACAAUCCCAAUGGAUAGCUGGAAAGGCAUCUUCAGCCAGGUGAUGCCAAACGGAAUCAUUGACUUAAGUAACAAUCCGCUGGAAUGCGGCUGUGACCUCAAGUGGAUUAUGGUCGACUACAAAGACGACUACCUGCAUCUGUUGUCCCGCGAAACGGCCUGCAACAGCGGAGAACUCGUUAGCGACAUAAAUCCCGAUUUCUUCGAUAAAUUUUGCUGAUGGUCGAAGCCGUUUUCCUGUGCGACACUCUGGUUUUGUUUAAACAAUGGUUUGGUAAUAGAU